AUGUGGAAAUAUUAUAUUGCUUUUAAACAACAAGUCAAUUGUAGAGAUAUUUUAAUGACGGCUUAUCAUACUUUAAUGUGCUUCUUUGAUUAUCUUUGUCGCAGGCUUCGUGAGGAAGGAAAAAUUGAAAUGAUCAAUCAACCUUAUGCUGAAUUGUUAAAUAAGAACAAUACAAUUUUAGAUGAUCUUUGUAGAGAUUUUGGUGGGGUUCCAGUUGAAUUAAAACAUUUUAAUGAACAUACUUUUUAUUAUAAAACUGAAGACUUAGUAAAACUAUUGAAAUCUAAACCAUCAGAUAAAGAUUACUUAGAUUAUCUUGAGGAAGCUUGUACAAAAAUAAUGGAAAAUUAUACAGAAGCUAUUUUAAAUGAACGCCUUCUAAAUGAAACAAUAUUUCUGGACCUAGAUAUUUCAAGAGACAAAGUUGAUGUUAUUGAUACUAAUGCAAGCUUAAUGUUAUCCUCUAAUGGCCAUCCACCACCACCGAAAGGACCUAAUUUUAUGUCAAAUCAAUCAUUGGAAGGACUGCUUUCAUCUAUUCAGAAAGGUAAAGCUAGAACUCCUCUUUUAACAAAAACAUUAUACUUUGAUAGUGAAAGUGGUUGUCCAACAACACCAUUUUCAGCAGCAAACUAUAAAAGAACACAAUUAGCAAUGCUUAUAGAUCAAUAUCCUCCUCGUCCAUCAAAGUAUCUUGAAGAUUUACUUGACCAAUUUCCAGAUAAACCAAAAGAUUUUAUUGUAAACCUUUUUACAAGACUUAGUGAGAGGUUUUGUUCAAUUGUUAAAGAGGAGUGCAGAGGGGAUGUAACUUUUGAUGACCAAAUAACUGAUUAUGCUGAUGAAAGAACAACAAGUAUUUUAGCUUUGUGUUUUAGGGUUCUUGAAUCUCUUGUUACCAGAGAAAGACAAAUAAUUCAAGAUCCAAAUUCGGAGUAUUGGAAAAUAAUGUCUCAAGAAAAUUUUAUACGAAGUGUAUUUAAUGUAGCACUUGAACUGGUGUUAUGUGCUCACAACAGUUUACGUGAUUUUCCUUGGAGUCUGCGGGUAACAGAACUUCAAGCAAUAAAUUUUUCAAGAAUUAUUGAAUUAGUCAUAAAAGCAAAUGAUCAUUUAGCACGUGAAUUUGUCAAACAUCUUAACAUUAUUGAAGAAAAGAUUUUGGAAGAACUUGCCUGGACAAAAGAUUCGCCUAUUUGGAAAGUUGUUGAUGAUGGUCCAACAAAUUUUCCAUCCAGUUAUUCAGUUCAAUAUCAGGCUGGUGAUUCGUCUUUAAGUGAAAUAGAUAGACGACAGAUGAAAGAUUAUGAAGAUUUAGUGAAAAAUAGAGAAAAAGAGGCUGUAUCUGUUGAACCACCAUCAAUUACUCAAAAUACAAAGAUUUUUGUAAGAAAGUUUUAUUAUUUAGCAGCAAUUCGGGUUGUUCACCUCUGUGAACGUCUUUCUUUUAACGAGGAAAAUAAACUAAAGAUAUGGAAUUGUAUUGAAUAUUUAUUUAGAAAUCAUAUUACAAUGCUUAGGAGUAGGCACUUAGACCAAAUUAUUCUAUGUUGCUGUUAUGUUGUGGCUAAAGUCGGAAGGUUAGAAAUGACUUUUAACGAUAUUCUUGGAGCGUAUCGUCUUCAACCACAAGCUUGCCAAGCUAUUAUCAAACAUGUUUUAAUGGAACCUGGACAGAAUUCUGGACCAGAUGAAAUACAGAGAGAUCCGAGAGAUUUUGAAGGAAGAAGAUAUAAUCCAAAUGACAUUCUACCCGGUAAGCGUGGGCAUCUAAUAAGUUUCUACAAUAAAAUCUUUAUCGAAAACAUGGCUGAUAUUGCUAAUAAAAUGAGGAAAGCUGAUGAUAAAAUAAAAUCAAGAAUUGUUCCAUUUCCUCCUCUUCGUCAAAACCCACUAUCUCCACGAAAACAAUUAACUGAACAUAUUACCAUAGUUCCACAAAGAAAUCGUGAUCCCAGUAAUCUCCAACAACCACAACAAGAAAAAAAAACUAACGUUUACAUGUAUACUUUCUAUCAGUCUCCAUCAAAGGAUCUUGAUACUAUUAACAAGAAAGUACGCGAUGCUGGUUCAAAUUUUAAUGCCAGAACAACAUAG